AGCCACAGCAGACACCUCCUGCUGAACAGGCAGAGCAGACAUGCUCUCCUCACGAAGCCCGGUGUCCCCGGUGUCCCCGGUGCCCCCGGUGCCCCCGGUGUCCCCGAGCCAGCAGCCCGCGAAGGAGAAGCACCCGAGCUUUGGAAGCAUGGCUAAGGUUUUCAAUGAGACUGAAACCCGUUCGGAGAGUACGGCGACCAGAGAAGGGCAAGACAAUGCCACCGUGCAGCAGUACAUGAGAAAUAAAAACCUUGUUCUGGAUUUCCUUCGCAAUGAGCUGAACCCUCGCCUCCUCCGGUACCACUGGAACAGACUUAAUCUUCUGAAGAAGUGUUACUUUUACUUGAAGAUUGAGCCCAGACACCUGUGCGUGAGAGACCCGAACAACAUGAUGAUUUGCGCUGACAUCUUGCAAAUCGCAAACCCCUGCCAACUCCAGAAGAUUAAGAAGAUAGGAAAAAACCAGACUGAAAUCCAGCUGGCACUUUUAACUGGGCUGUUGGAACAGCUGGAUCGAGGACGAAAGGAGCUGAGCCAUUACGUAGAGACCUGUGACAUGGCAACUUUCCUCUCCCAAUGGGACUUGACUAUAAAGAAAGUGCUCAAGCUCUCUGUGCUUUUCAGUAAACUCAUUGCCUUGGAAGAGCCAAGAAAGCUCCAUGUCAAGCACAGUUUGGUGUCACAGGUAAUUCUUGGAGGUGCUGUACACCCUCACAUUAGUCUUUCUCUAUAUACAAAGAAGCCACCGAUUUUUGAUCGGAGAGAGUCAUUUGCAUCCCAGAACUGGGCCCAGCUCAAGUGGAUUAAUGAAAAUCAAGAGUCACACCUCGAACGAUGGCAACUGGAGAUUAAGUUAAUGACAGACGACAGUCAGACAGAACCAGGAUACAGUCGGAUUCAGGAAGUCAUCUCCAACCCAUGCGUAAUCCAUCACCUGCAGCCUGGCAGAUCAUACGAGUUCAGAGUUAAAAGAUCUGACACUCACACACUUGUUUACUCACAGUGGCACGACCGCCUUGUAUUGCAGACAAAAACUGUCCCUGUUGAAGACACCAACGGCAGCACCAAUGGCAGCACCAACAGCAGCACCAACGGCAGCACCAACGGCAACACCAAUGGCAGCACCAACGGCAACACCAACAGCAGCACCACCAGCAGCACCAACGGCAGCUUCGGGUUUACAAGGCGGCUCACCAGAACAUCUUCCUCAUUGUAAUGGUUUGGAAAAGAUGAAUAAUCAAAAUAAAUUGUUUAAACAUUUUGCACAAAAUUGAACUCGUUCU